AUGAAUGACACCAGGCACCAGUCUCUAUUCUUUGCCCGUCUGCCAGAGCUAGAAAAACUCUGCGCUGCUACAAUAACACUGAGUUCUCAGGUACCAGAAACUGAGACAAGGAGUACACAGAUAAAGAUUUGCAGACAGUUAUUAUUCCUGCAUCAAGAAAUCCUUUCUGCACCUGUUAUUGGAACACUAAAUCAAAUUUCAGUUGUAAUGGCGAUACCAUUUUACAAAUCAGGAAUAUGUCAAGCCUACAUAGAGAAACAAGGAGCUACUCUGGAAGCACUGCCAACAGUUAGUCCAACCAUUCUCCAAACCUGUCUCUCCUACACACUUACAGCCAGACUUGCACCCCGAUGGAACAAGGCUGGUCAUCUCUUGGUGCAAGUUAUAGACCUCAAUGUAUCAGAGAGACAGCUUUGCAUCAGUGUGGAGGCUUGCUCAAUUCGCUUGCCACCCCCUGAGCUGGGAGAUUUUGAUAUUUCAGCAAACACCUUAAAGCUCUUUGACAGCAAUGAAAAUACAGUUAUUCACCAACAUUCCAUAUUAAGUAACUGGUGCUAUGUUUUGCCAAGCAUGAAAAUGGGUCAAAUUAUAAACAUCAGCCACAUAAUUCCUCCAGAAUCUCCUUUCCGUUCAUAUAAAGAAUUUCAGAUGCACUGGAAGAAUCUGGAAAUAAAAUCUAAGCACAUGGAACUGACCGGUGAGAUGGUUUGUGUAGUAUCUCUAACGCAGGCUCCUCCAAGGAAACAGACUUUGCCUAGAAUUUCUUCAACAUGCAGUAUGGAAAACAGCCACUGGAUGGAGCGUUUGAUCAAAGAGACAGAAACACAGACUUUUUCUCGUAGCAGUAAAGGUACAGAAAAGGUUAGCAUGGAAAUAACAGAGAAAUCAAUGAAUAAUAGGCAAAUACCAGGAAUACCAGAGUUACCAGUUGUGAAAUCUUCGGGAACUCCUGUAAGUUCAGCCUUUGAACUCCCCUCCCCAAAAAUCAGUAAAAUUAUACCAAUUUUCAAAGGAAGGUUGAUGCAAAUAAAUGGAAAGACCACAAAUCAAAUGGAUGGGAAGAAAAGAGAAAAUGCUGAAAGACAUUCACCAAAAAAAAUUAUGGGUGUUCCUUCUUCUAUGCUGACUGCAUGCAAGUCCAGCAUAACUCAUGUUUACAAACCCGUUGAAGAUAUGUCAGUCAAAAAUCCUCCUCAUAGCAGUGUACAUCAGGUAAUGAACAUGAGAACACACACAAAACAUGAUGUACCUGUAUUUCGAUGGAAAACAGCGUCUAGUGGACAAAUGACUAAUACUGAUUUCUCAGAUAACUCAACUUCAGGUGGGAAUUCAAGUGAAAUCAGUCACAAAAAGACAAAUUUUCUUUCCUUUCCUAAGAAUGUUGGGUCGGUGCUUCAGAAAUCAAACGACAGUCUGAGUCUGAGCAGAUAUGCGUCUCCUGCUUCCAGUGCAAGAAGGGGAAAAAAGUUUGCAAGUCAAAAUACCACGCAAGUUCUUGAGAAAAACCACCAGUUAAAGACAGUACCUUUCCAGAUUUUUAAAUCAGACAACAAAACGACAAAUUUUGGUUUAUCACAGCAACAAACAAAGAGAUCAAAUGAAGGAGUGGGGUUAAAUAUUCGUGAAUCUGUCUUAAAUAAUACAAUGUGCACCACCAAAAAUGAAGAAAAUAAAGCAGCAUGCCAUUCUAAGGACUAUAUUGAGAAGACAAGCAGUCAUCAUUCCAAAUCUAACUCUGAACAGAUGAUUACAGGGAAUGAGUAUCUGACAUGUGAAACACUGACCUCGAACCUGACUUCCUCAGUCAAGGAGAGCAACAUGGAAGCACCUGUAAAGAAAGGUUGUGCCAGAAGAAGGCAGAAAGAAGAAGGUUAUUCAAAGUUGAAGAAAGUCAAAAGAAGUAAGCCUUCUACUUAG